CUUUUCCAAAACAUUAUAUAUCUUCUUUCGGUUGUUUAGGACUGUAAAAUAUGUCAAGAAUCUUUCGAUUAACGAGUCGAAAUUUAUCAAGAAUAAUGACGGAAGAAAAUAUCUCGCACUUGCCUAACUAUUCUUAUAUGCAACCGAACUUUUUCCCAUAUUUCAACACGCCAAUUUUUAUUCAAAACAAUGCCUCCAGCGUUUCGGCAAAUAUGGCUCAUAACGAUCAAAUGGAUCGACCUCUUUUGGAUGAAAUAUCGAAUUUACUUAAAAUUUAUCCGGAAUCGACAGUACUUCCGCUUCGUGACGCUAUUCUUUAUCGUCUUAAUCUUUUGGAGGAUCAACGACGUCGAACUAAAAGGAAUUUAGGUGUAAAUGAUACUUGGAUGCUUGAAUCUAUAGAUAGUUUCUUUAACGUUCAAAAGAGACAAUUAGUUGAUAAAUUACUACCUGUUCUUGUUCAUUUGAGAGAAAAUUCUGGAAAAAUAAUUCUACCUCAAAUAUCGUUCGAUAGCUUAACGAAAACUUUAUGUUUUACUGGUGAAACAAAAUUAUCUACUCCAACCACAACUGUUGAACAUCCUAAUCCAGUAACCGCUCAAAGUUUAGACGGCUAUAGAAAGUUCCAAGAAAAUACAGCACAAAGGAGGAGGUCUGCAAUAUUUAAAAGUUGGUACGAUUCCCAUUCAGAUUUUCCUUAUCCAAACCGAGAAACCGUUCAAGAAUUAGCAAAAUUAGCUAGUUGUACCGAAGAACAAGUUAAAAAAUGGUUCGCUAAUCAUAGAAGUAGAAAUAGUAAUACAAUGAGAAUGGCGGAAAUAAUUAGAGAAAGACGAAAAAGGGACUUUGGAGAAGAAAUUGCUGAAGAACAUUGUACUAAGAAGUCUAGGUUUAGCGAUGAUUCGAAUUCGUGUUCUUCAUAAAUAUUUUCGUAGUAUUUUUCCAUUUUUCUGAAAGCCAAAAAAAAACUAAUUAAUUUCAAUUUCUUUUGUUGAAUCUUCAUAUACAAGAAGAUAUAAGUUAUAAAAUAACUUGUUUAAAAUGUUUCAUAUUUUAU